GACGCUAGAUAACUAACCCGGAAACAGCAGCAGCAAAUCGCUUUUCUUCUCCUCUGACUCAAUACCGCUGUUUCCAGCGUGGUAUCCGGACAUAGACUCCCGUGUUUCCCAGCGAGCAUCAAGAGGCUGACUUCUUCUGGAGGACUGUGACCUGGGGCCACCUGCCAGGCCGGGCUUCCUUGCUCCUGACCACCAGUCUUGCAGCUCCAUUGCUGGUAUCAUAACAUGGGGAACCUACUGAAAGUUCUGACAUGCACAGAUCUAGAACAGGAGCCCAAUUUUUUCCUUGAUUUUGAAAAUGCACAGCCCACAGAAGCCGAGCGAGAGGUGUGGGAGGAGGUGGACAUAGUGUUGAAAGAUGCAAAAGGGAUCUUGGACGAGCUUCAGGCCUACAAGGGAGCAGGGCAGGAGAUCAGAGAGGCCAUCCAAAAUCCAAACGAUGAGGCACUGCAGGAGCAGGCAUGGGCGGCUGUAGUUCCUUUGGUGGGGAAACUGAAGAAGUUCUACGAGUUCUCCCAAAGAUUAGAGGCAGCAUUGCACAGCCUCCUGGGAGCUCUGACCAGCGAGACCUACAAAGACCCAACUCAACACCUGGAGCGUGAGCAGGCGCUGGCCAAGGAGUUUGCAGAGAUCCUCCACUUCACUCUGCGCUUUGAUGAGCUUAAAAUGACAAAUCCUGCCAUUCAGAAUGACUUCAGCUACUACAGAAGAACCCUAAGUCGAAUGCGGAUCAACAACAUACCGGCAGAAGGUGAGAACGAGGUCAACAAUGAGCUGGCCAAUCGGAUAUCUCUGUUCUACGCCGAUGCCACGCCCAUGCUGAAGACAUUAAGCGACGGCACAACGAAGUUUGUAUCCGAGAACAAGAACCUGCCCAUCGAGAACACGACAGACUGCUUAAGCACAAUGGCGAGUGUGUGUAAAGUCAUGUUGGAAACUCCGGAAUAUCGCAGCCGUUUCACCAGCGAGGAAACGGUGUCUUUCUGCCUCAGGGUGAUGGUCGGGGUAAUCAUCUUGUACGACUACGUCCAUCCUGUAGGAGCAUUUGCCAAGUCAUCUAAAAUCGAUAUGAAGGGCUGCAUCAAAGUCCUCAAAGAUCAGCCUCCAAACAGCGUAGAAGGCCUUCUUAACGCUCUCAGGUACACAACCAAACAUCUGAAUGAUGAGUCAACAAACAAGACCAUCAAAAGCAUGCUGCAGUAGGACUGAGCUGCUACUACUUCUGGGGGGGGGGGAGACACCACUCGCUGUCCUGAAUGAUGUUGCUGCACAGAAUGUUUUGUUUUUGUUGUUUUUGUUUCUUAUUUAAUGUUCUUUUUAAAAUGGAAAUAGAGCUCAGCUCCGCCCUCUCUUGUAAUGCAAAAUGCUACUGCCAUUACGAACGUCUUUUUCUGUGCCAUACAUGUUGCUCAGAUGUGAUGUUUUGGGUGGAAGGCCUCACAAUGAUGGCAGCUAAUGAAAGCUUUGCAGAUCUUCUUGUGUUUUUAAACAUGUCUUGUUUUUUUUUCCCCCUUUUUUUUUGUAAUUCCCUGUUUAAGGGACAAGAGUGCUUUGACUUGAAAAUUUAGAGUUAUAUAGAGAAGUAUAUAUUUUUGUUUGAUUUGGUUAUUUAAUUACAUUUUCUGAAAUAUGAACAUGUCUUUUCCUUCUAUUUAAAAAAAGCAAAUGAUUUCAUUUGUCUGCUCUGUUGUGCAUUAUCAAAUGUUAUUGAAAUGGUACUUGUCGACAUGAAAUUUAAGAGUACUGUUUUUAUAUUUUUUAUAGAUUUUAAUUUCUGCAUGUCCUUUUUUUUCAUGGUUGUGUUGUAUUUUUCUUUUUGAAAACUUUAAACUGUGACGUGUGCAGAAUCAAAUUAAAAUCUGGAGUCUGUACUGUAAAUGUACAGUAUGUUGUGGCUGGAGACAUUAAAAGGAGAACUCUUGUUUUCUACAAAAAAAAA